CCUAAGUCACCACCCAACGUUGUAACCAAACAUAAACAUAUUGUUUUACGACGUAAGUACGUGGCUCUAGCUGAUAUUCAUGGCGUCACGGAAUGGCAUUGUGUUUGAAGAUUUCUUUCCGGCGAUGGUGGAGAAGCUGGGUACGGAGGGGUUUAUGAAGGAGCUGUGCAAUGGGUUUCAGCUGCUGGUGGAUGAGGAGAAGGGUGUGAUCACGUUCGAGAGCUUGAAGAGGAACUCGGCUUUGCUUGGGUUGCAAGGGAUGAGCGAUGAGGAGUUAAUGUGUAUGCUUAGAGAAGGAGAUUUGGAUGGGGAUGGGGCUUUGAAUGAGAUGGAGUUUUGCACUCUCAUGUUUCGGUUGAGCCCUGGAUUGAUGGAAACUUCUAGAGAUAUGUUGGAGGAAGCCAUUGUUAGUGAAUUUUAAUUAACUAGGUGCCUUUUCUUUAUUUAAUUUAAUUCCAACACCCCCCCCCCCCCACCUUUAAAAAAAAAAAAAAAAAAAGGGUAUCCUGUUCUUGUUCCAGGGCAUCUUCUCUUUUUCUUACUUGAGUUCUUGUCGGAUUGGAUUCUGUGUUGUUGAGGAAGCUAUUUGUUAGUGAAAUGUAGGCCCAUUGUAGUCUCCCUGUGUUCUUGAUCUAGUGCAUCUUCUCUAUUUUGAUAUCUA